UAUAUUGGUUCCAAGGCAGAAGAGUGGAAAGGGCUAGGCAAUGGAAGUUAAGUGACUUCCCAGGGUCACACAGCUAGAAGUAUCUGAGGUCAGAUUUGAACCCAGGAUCUCCCAUCUCUAGACUUGACUCUCAAUCCAUUGAAUCACCCAGCUUUCCCUUUCUACUUCUGAGACAUGCUGGUUAUGUAACCUAGGCAUAUCCCAUUCGUGCUUUGGGUAUCUUUCUAAAACUAUAAGUCAGGGCAGCCAGGUAGCAUAGUGGAGGGUGCACCAGGCCUGGAGUUCUAGGAGUUGAAAGUUCCUGGGUUCAAAUCUGACCACAGAGACUUCCUAGCUGUGUGACUCUGGACAAAUCACUUAACCUCCACUGCCUAAUCCUUGUCGCUGUUCUACCUUAGAUUUGAUACAAAGACAGAAGGUAAGGGUUUAAAAAAUAAAAUAAAACUCCCAGUUGCAGAGAAGGUGCUGGCCUACAUUGGUAGAAGAUUUGUCAUCUGAGGAGCUCCCCAGGCCACAGAAAUCACAGUGUGGUCCCUCUCCUAAUCUAUGCUUCCAGCAGAAAUAUUUCCAAUAGGCUUCCACGUUGCCUUCCACAAUGUGUUAUUCAAAGACAUAAUUGCUAUAAGUAGUGAUGUGGAAGGAGAGAACUGGUCUCGGGUAACAUCUUUCAUGAAGAAUCCCUUGAGAAGCAUAGCUGGAGAAGUUUCUAACACCCUUCCACAUCCCCCAUUGAAUUGCUUCCCUUCAGCAACAGGAAAUGGUUUCAUAGUCUAUGACAGAGAGCUCACCUCCGAGGAGACAGUGAGAGAGAAAAUGAGCCUGUGUUGUUUAAAAAAAAACCCAAAUUACCCAAUAACUUCCCCUUCCCCCAUUCUCCAAACAAACCACCUACUAAUAAUUCAUAGAAUCAAGGGCUGACCUAUAUUCUGUAAUUGCAGAGGCCCAGCCAAGUCUCUGUAUGCAUCCACAGCAAAAUACCCGGCUGUCCCUGUCCUGGUGGCUGGAAUUCCAUUCCAAAAAGAUCUUGUUAUUUCAGGAUUACUUACCAAAAUGCUCCUGGGAAGGAGAAUCAGAGAUGAGCUUGGCAGCUCUCUGGAGAGGAAGCUCGGUCAAGGAGUGUGAUGACUGGCGAGCAGAUGGCCUCAUUCCAUCAGCCAUCGUCCCCCAGUGCUCUGGAGCGGCCCCUGAAGAUCGGCUGGUUGAAGAAGCAGAGGUCCAUCGUGAAGAACUGGCAGCAGAGAUACUUUGUGUUAAAAGGCCAGCAGCUGUACUACUACAAAGAUGAAGAGGAUGCCAAGCCGCAGGGCUCCAUGUAUCUACCAGGAGGUAGCAUCAAAGAGAUUGCCACGAAUCCAGAAGAAGCCGGGAAAUUUGUCUUUGAAGUCAUCCCAGCCUCAUGGGACCAGAAUCGAGCAGGACAGGACCCCUACAUCCUCAUGGCCAGCUCACAGUCCGAGAUGGAGGAGUGGGUGAAAUCUAUCCGAAGGGUCACUGGAGCGCCAUCUGGAGUGGUAUUUGGUCAGCGACUGGAUGAGACUGUGGCAUAUGAACAAAAAUUUGGACAGUAUUCAGUGCCCAUCCUGGUAGAGAAAUGCAUGGAAUUCAUCAGAGAGCAUGGCCUGAAUGAGGAAGGUAUCUUUCGUCUGCCUGGACAGGACAACCUGGUGAAGAAGCUGAGGGAUGCCUUUGAUGCUGGGGAGCGACCUUCUUUUGAACGAGAUACAGAUGUCCAUACUGUGGCCUCCUUGUUGAAGCUCUACCUUCGAGAGCUCCCUGACCCUGUGGUGCCCUGGAAUCAAUAUGAAGGAUUUCUGCUCUGUGGCCAACUUAUGAAUGCAGAUGAAUCAAAGGCACACCAGGAACUGAUAAAGCAGAUUUCCAAUCUUCCCCGAGACAAUUACAACCUCCUGAGUUACAUCUGUAGGUUCCUACAUGAAAUCCAGUUGAAUAGUGCAAUUAAUAAGAUGUGUGUGGACAAUUUGGCCACUGUGAUUGGUGUGAACCUCAUCAAACCCAAAGUAGAAGAUCCUGCUGUGAUCAUGAGAGGGACUCUCCAGAUACAAAGAGUGAUGACUAUGAUGAUUCGAGACCAUGAAAUACUCUUCCCCAAAUCAAAGGAUGUUCCCCCAUCUCCACCUGCCCAGAAACAUGACUCCAAGAAAUCUCCUGUCCCUCGCAGCUCAGUUGGCUGGGAUGCUGCUGAAGAUUCCUCUAUACCUCGGACAGACAGCUUUAAUCAGAUGACCAGUGACACCAAUAGCAGCAGUUCCUCCGGCCAAAAGGCAGCUGAUGGAACCCUGGAAUUGGAAACCAGCAAAGUAGCUAAAGAGUUGUCAGGAUCAUGGAAGCUACAGUCUCGAAAAAGGACUCAAACACUUCCAAACAGGAAAUGUUUCUUAACCUCAGCCUUGCAAUGUGGCAACAGCAGCAAAGUGGAGAUCUUCAACACAGAGUUCUGGUCUCCCUCCCCUGAAGGCAAAGCCAGUGGGCACAAAAGAACACUGUCUCAAGAUUUGCGCCACUUUUCAGACUCUGAGCCGACUUCCCCAUUAAACAUUGUGCCCACCUUAUCAUCAUCAUCUACUGGUGAUAAAACCAGCCCACCUGACUCCCAGGCAUCCUCCAACACCAGCGUUCCAACCAGUGUAAGCCCUGAUGAAAAAGAGUCUGGCCAGGAGUCCCAGGAGUCUCUGCAGAAGGUGAUUUUAGAACUGAAGAAAGAAAUGGAAGCACAGAAAGAGUCCUAUGAGGAACGAAUCAAAAGCUUGGAGAAGGAGAACUAUGACGUUUGGGCCAAAGUAGUGAGACUAAAUAAAGAAAUGGAACAAGAGAAGAAGAAAUUAGCUGACUUGGAAAUCAGCUUUCAAAAUAUGGAACACUCACGGCAAGAUCUGGAGAAGAGAAAUAAGAUCUUGGAGGAAGAGCUCAAAGAGUAUGCCAAGUUGAAGUUGAGCAAGGAGCCAAAUUCAAAUGCUUGACAUUGGAGAGACCAGUGGGUGCCUAUUUAGGGCAAAAUUUUACUUCCAUGAGGACCUGGGAGAAGAUGCAGACAUAAUUGCCUCUGGUUCCGGUUAGAGGAUUUGGACACAAAAAUAUUUGCUGGAGAGAAAGGACCAUUUGGCAAACAAAAACCUCUUCCAGGAAGUUAACUUGGUGGUCUAUAAAGGAUAUGGCAGAUAGGCUAUAUAUGGAUGUCCCUAUUUAGAUGAGUUUGGGACAGGAUAAGGCUUUUUCCUUGGCAUCCCAGGAUGAGUGAAGAUGAUAUCAAUUCUUCUAAUAAUCAGUGAAUAUUUCUGACAAAAAAUUCUGGACAAGCUGCAGUUCAGGAGAGCUCAGAAAGUCAGCCACUUCUGGGCCAUUAUGUGUUGGUUUCCUGGUUCUCUGGGUCUUGAGAGACAAAGAACAGAUAAUGACAGCCAAUCAACUCUUCUUUAUCUGUAGUAUAAUUGAGAUGCCUUUUGGAUCUUUCAAGUUUGAAUCCCUUACCACUACUGCCUUGAAUAUGAGGCAGUAUGACAUAGUGGGGCUUGGGACCUGGGUUCAAGACUCAUCUUUGACAUAUAUUGGCUGUGUCACCCUGAGCAAAACACUUAAACUCUAAGUGCUUUAGGCUAUUCUCUAAGAACUCUAAGUUGCAGAGAUGGUACUGAUCUAUAUUGCUGGAUAGAGAUUUCUCCUUUGAGAAUUCCUUUUAUCAAUAAAAUCAAAGAUUUGGUUCUUGUCCUCAAUAGCACCUAGCAAGGUCCUAGAUCACUUCCUUAUCAUUCAGUCAUGAUUUCAAGGAUCAGAAGAUCCUGCCAAAGAAAGACAAAACUUGGACUUUAGAGUGUGCUUGGUAGAACUCUAUCACUUUAUAGAAGAGGAAAUAGGCCCGGGAAGGGGAUAUGCUUCCCAAUAUCAGCAAAAGUUAGUGGCAAAAUUGGGCCUAGAACCCAGGUUUCUUGGUUUCCCAUUCAGUGUUAUUUCCAUUGUACAACACUCCCUCUCAAAGAUGGCAACUCUGUUGGAAGAAAAUAUAAACUGUCUUUCAAAGCUAAACAGAAACACUUUUUGCACUGAUUAUUGUUCUUGUUUUUUUCUGUUCCUCUAUACUGGGGAGUUGGCUUUGGGUUAUUGUAAAGAAGCAUUUACUAACAAAGAGAGCUAUGGAAAAGUCAAUGAGUUGCCCUGUGGGGUAGUGAGUUCCAGUCCCUGGAGGUUUCUAAAAUGAAGCUGGAUCACUAUUGUUUGGGGCUACUAUAAAAGUGGAUUACUAUUGGAGUAAUGACUUUUCUGAGCUGGGACCUUCUCCCUGCAAUAGUGAUGAAAGCCAAAAAAAAAAAGCCACAUUUCAGUUCAAGUCAAUAAGUAAUUAUUAAACACAUACUUUGUGCCAGACACUGUUAUAAAAUUUUUAAAAAAUCAUUCCUGCCUUCAAGUCAGUAAGCAAUUAUUAAACACACCUACUAUUAAACACCAGCACUAUUAUACACAUUUUGGUACUAUAACCCUUCCCCCCCAAAAGCAUCUCUGCCUUCAAGUCUACUUGAAAUUAUUAAACACCCACUAUUAAAUACUAGGCACUGUUAUACAUAUUUUGGGGAUAUAAAAACCCCUAAAACAGCAUCCCUGCCUUCAAGUCAGUAAGCAAUUAUUAAAUGCUUACUGUGUGCCAGGUACUGGGAAUACCAAAAAACAAACAAACAAAAAAAGGCAAAAGACACUUCCUGCUCUCAAGGGGCUUACAAGGGAGAAAAUGCAAAAACAACUUUGUACAAGAAAGCUAUAGAUGAGAUAAAUUAGAAAUGAUGUCAGAGGGAAGGUAGCUAGCAUUACGAAUUGAUU